AUGGCCAAGACCUUCGACGAGAGAAUCCCCUUUGUGAAGAACGGGCUCGAGUUCUACGGCCUGCUCAAGCGGGGGGAGCCAGCGCUGGCGCUCCCGCUGAUUGUGUUGCUUCAUGGCGGCGGAGCCACCGCCGCGUUCUUCGACAACUCAGUCGUUUCGGUCGUGCAAGAGUUCAACCGCCUUGGCCAUGACGUCCUCAACAUAUACCGUCCUGGGUACGGCGGGACACCGACGCCAACCACGGAAACACCUCUCAAAGACUCGAUCCCCGUGUUUAUCGACUUCAUAGAACAAGUUUACAAUGAGAAAGCUGCUGCGAAACACGGCAACGGAGGUAUCAUUCUUGUAGGGCACUCUCUCGGCGGUGCAUUCUCCCUGUCGAUUACCUACGAAGCACACGGACGACUGCCGAUUCUGGGUGUCAGCUCGAUGGGUUGUUUACCCACCACAACAAACAUGAAAAUCUUGCCAGAGCCGGAUAAUGAGCCGGGCAGCUUGCGAUAUGUAACGGAAAAUAAUGCUGAGAAUAUUCGGAGAUUCAUGGGCGAGGUGGAGUGGAUUCAAUUGGAUGCCUUGACUAAAGAAGUCAUCGAUGAUGUGUUUGAGCCUGGGAUUAAGUCUGAAAUUCGGGAAUACGGAACAAAUGAGUUUUAUGAGUACAUGCUUAACGAGGUCUUUCCCGGCAUCAAAGUGCCUGUGCAGUUUCUUGCUGCUGAGGCAGAAAUUAUUUGGGAUAGUGAAGAACAAGGAAGACCCAUUUUCAACAACCUUGUCUCUCGUUUCAAAGGCGCUCCCAACGUUGAAAGCGCCAUUUUGCCCCGCGGUGGUCACAAUUACGAAUUUUCACACAACGUGGGCCAACUUCUGCAGAAAAGGAAUCUAUUCGUCCAAACAUUAACAGCCAAUAAUAAUGCUUCGCCUGUUACAAAGCGGAUCAAUGGACAUACUUCCAAUGGCGACGCAUUCACCUCUGUCCCAGUCUUGGAUUACGCUCAAACAGCCUCACUGAGCUCCCGAGGACUCUUUUUACAAGCCCUUAAGGAUGCCAUCGUUAAUGUCGGAUUCUUCUACCUUAAGAACACAGGGGUUCCUGACGAAGUUCAGCGUGCUUUCAUCGAGCAAUCGAUUGCACUAUUCGAUCUACCACUAGAGAAAAAGCUUGAAAUUGAAAUGGUCAAUAGCAAGCACUUUCUUGGAUAUGCGCAAUUAGGGCAGGAAGUCACCGCGUUAAAGAAUGAUUAUCGUGAGCAAUUUGAUUUUGCCACGGAAUUGCCGGCACCAGGCCCCGAUGAGCCGCUAUAUCGAAAUCUUCGAGGACCGAACCAGUGGCCUGACCCUGAAGCUCUGCCUAAGUUCCGCCAAGCAAUCGAAAAGUAUUUAGAAGAUAUCAACACACUAGCGGAAUCAUUUAAAUCACUUGUCGCCGAAGCCUUAGAACUGCCACCCAACGCCUUUCGCCAAUUUUUUGACUAUCCACAGCAGAACAAAUUGAAACUGAUUAAGUACCCGGAACCGAUUGAUAGCAAACCAGGCGAAGAUACUCAAGGCGUCGGCCCACAUAAAGAUUCUUGCUUCCUCACUUUUCUGCUUCAAGGGACGCCGCACACCGGCUUGGAAGUACAGAACAAGGCUGGCGCUUGGUUGCCCGUAACUCCUAUUCCAGGAACUCUUGUUAUCAACAUCGGUCGGGCACUCGAAGCUAUUACCAGCGGAGUAUGUACUGCAACUACACACCGCGUUAAUCUUCGUAAGGAAAAUUACAUGGAUGGGAACGGCAAGUCGCUUGGCCCGCGAUUUUCGUUUGCCGUAUUUCAAGGUGUGAGUCUAGACCUUGGUGCCCAGAAGAUUAAUGUCAACAUUCCGCAACAUAUCAAAGACUUGGUUAAGGACGCUAAGGUCAGAUCCGAUGCCGAAGCGACUUUCAAUCAGAUGUUCACUGGAAAUAUUGGCGAAGGCACUCUUAUCGCGCGAAUAACAAGCCAUCAAGAUGUUGCGCAAAAAUGGUAUCCUGACCUCUUGGAGAAGGCUCUGAAAGCUCAAAAGGAUGGAUACCUAUAA